AACUAUGAAAUUGAUGAUGAGAAUGAUGAACUAUUACAAGAGGCAAUACGGCUUUCCAUUUUAGGUUCGAAUAAAAGAGAGCCGAGUAGUAUCGACUGUAAUGAUAGUUAUCAUGACGUAGUUCGAAAGAAUUUCGAUAGGAUAACUUAUUAUUUAUGUAAUAGUUAUGAGAGUACUAAGAAUAAAAAUGAUGUAAUAGAUAAUAAGACAUUUUGGAGAGAGAUAUAUAAGAAUUAUAAGAAUAUAUAUAUAAUAAUAAGAGAUUAUAUGAUAAAUUUAACUAAAAGAAAUGAGAAAAUGAAUGAAGAAGGUAGUGAUUCAACAUCAAGUAGAGAUGACUAUGAUAGUGAUGAUUCAAGCGAUUAUAGUAAUUCUUCUUCCUUAUCAUGUUGUUCUUUAGAACAUAUUAAGAGAACUUAUAGAAAUAUAAAUUAUACCACCAAGGAUUAUUGUCGAUGGUUAAGAAAGGGCCAUCGGAGUAAAGCUUUAAAUGAUCAUGUAUAUUUAAAUUAUUUAUUAAAAGAAAUGAAAAUAUUAGAAGAUAGCAAUUCUAUUCAUAACUUAGUUUUUGGUGUGAAUAAUUAUAAAUAUUCUAAUAAGAUAGAUAUAAAAAAAUGGUGUAAUCAUAGUAUUUCAUUUUAUGAUAAUAAAAAUAUUAAUUUUGGACUUCGUCAAUUUUUAAGUGGCCCAUGUGGUCUUAUAUCAAGUAUACAAGGAUACAUUAUAAUUAUUUUAUUAUUUAAUUAUAAAUAUCAUUUUUUAUGGGAAAAUAACUAUUUUAAUAUUUUAAAAACGAAUAACGAUUUUUUGAAUUUUACAAAUUCUUCAAAAAUGGUGUAUAAAGAAGGUGAGGUAGGAAAUACCAAAUUGAGGAAUAAUAUAUAUAGAGAGAACAAUAAUUGUAUGAAUAAUAAUAAUAAUAAUAAUAAACAAGGGGAUGAUAUGAAUGUAUUAGAUUCAUGUAAAGAGAAAAAUGAUGGAUCUGGCGUCCCACUAAAUAAAGAAGAUAACAAUAAGGAUAAUAAAAUUAAUAAAAAUGAAAAUAAUGAUGAUAUAAAUGUUGAUAAAAUUAAUAAUAAUGACGAUUACGCUAAUCAUCUUGAGAAUCAUGAGCAAGGUGAUACUACGCAUGAUAAUAAAAAUGUUGAUAAUAUUAUUGAAGAAAAGAAUGAUGUAAAUGUUAAUAAUAAUGAUGAUAAUAAUAAUAAUGAUAAUAAUGAUAAUAAUGAUAAUAAUAAUAAUGAUAAUAAUAAUAAUGAUAAUAUUAAUUACAAUAAUAAUAAUAAUAAUAACAAUAACAAUAUUAAUAACAAUAAUAAUAGUAAUAAUCAUAAUAGGGGUAAUUCUUUUUCAAAUGAUGAGAAACAUAAAGAUAAAAUGCAUGAAGAAGGUUAUGAUAAUGAAUUUUUAGAAUUAGUACGUGACAAUAUUAAAGAUUUAAAAUAUUAUGCAUUAGUUGAAUCUUUAGCAUAUAUAUUAUAUCAGUGUACUGAUAAGUCCUAUUAUGUCGUUGUAUUUUUAUUACCGGAAUGCUAUGAUUAUCCUUAUUAUAUGAAUAAAAAAAAUUGUGAUGAAAAUUUAGUGAGAGAUUUAAAAAGAAUUACCAUAUAUUAUAAAGAGUUCAAUGCUAUAAAAGAUGUAGUAAAAUUUUAUUUAGAGCAUUUUAUAAUAUUUUCAAGUUCUACUGGUGUAAUAUCCUUUUUAUAUUCCGUGAUAUUAACAAGAGGAUUGCAUAAUGUUAAAAAUGACAUGGAUGAUAUUAAUCAUCCUUUAAUUGGUAUAUAUGGGCAUUGUUCACAAGAAUUAGUUAAUUUAUUAUUAACGGGUAGAGCAUGUUCGAAUGUUUUUGAUAAUAAUAAUGUAAUAAAUACAUUUUGUAAUACUGAUGUAGAUAUAAGUAUGUAUGAAGGAGGGAAUUCGUAUAUGAAUAAUUUUAAUGAUUCCAGAAAUUCAAAAAGUUGGAGUCCUACUAAAGGAUCCUUAUCAUAUAAUAAAAAUGAUAGUCUUAAUAAUAAUAGUAAUAAUAAUAAUAAUAAUAUAAUACUAAAAGGUAUAAACAAAAGACCAUUAAUUGGUUUGUUAACUGAUUUUGAGGCUUUUAAAUAUUGUGAAGUUGGGAAUUAUUAUAAAUAUCCAAUAUAUCCUAUAUGGGUAAUUAGUAGUUCCAAUCAUUAUACUGUAUUAUUUUCUUUAAAUAUUAAUAACUCCAAAUGUACAAGUGAGGAGUUAUUUUUAGAGAAAUUAAAUAAAAUAUGGAAGAAAUAUGAUAAAGAAAACAAUAAAUAUAUAUUGUCUCAUUUUAUUCCCCAAUUUAUUGAAGACUUAAAUUUGAAGGAUGAAUUCCGAAAUUUAUUUGAUGGAUUUGUAAAUGAUUUGGAUAUUCUAUUAUAUUCAGAAUUUAAAGCAUUUUAUUUACAAAUGAAGCAAAAAGAUAUAAAUGAACUGAAAAAUUCUGAUCCACCGAAAGAAAAAUAUUUCUACUUAUAUGACGCUCAAGAAAUGCCUGAAAAGUCGAUACAUUAUUUUCUUUUGAAGGAAGUGGAUUAUGACGUUUCGCAUGAAAAUCACUUGAAAUUUUUUAACACAAGGUGGCCAAAUAAUACAGUGGAGGUAUUAAACAAGUCAAAAAAGGUUUCCAAAUAUAGAUAA